AUGAAAGACGCUUCAAACGGCUCCGGCCUGGCGCCACUGAUGACUGCAUGGGAUGUCGAACAUCAGAUUCAUUUGAUCGUUGGAGCCAAUCCUCUCGCGGCUGCUCGAUGCACGAAAAGUCUCGAGGCCGGCGCAAAGCCCAUUAUCAUUGCGCCGGAGACGGCCGACAUGCAUUUUACCCUGUCAGAGCACAUUCAUAAUGGCUCUGCGCAAUGGGUGCGCCGCGAAUUUCAAGAUGAUGAUUUGACCACCCUGGGCAGAGAGGAGGUUGACCGCGUUGUGGACACGGUCUUUGUCACCGUGGGUGGCAACAAUCCAUCAGCAUCACACAUCUCAAAAUUAUGCCGGCGCUUGAGAAUUCCAGUCAAUGUAUCGGAUGCUCCAGAGCUGUGCUCUUUCACACUGCUUUCGACUUACACAGAUGGCCCGCUGCAUAUUGGAAUUACGACUUCGGGUCGCGGUUGCAAGCUUGCCUCUAGAUUACGACGAGAGAUCGCUGCUUUCCUCCCCGCAAAUCUAGGAUCUGCCAUUGACCGUCUUGGCGCCGUCAGGCGCAAGCUCUGGGAGGAGGACAAUGCUGCUGGACUCGGCGAGCGGGCACCUGAAGGCGACGAUGAUGACACGGCAGGCCAGAGCCACACUUUCAAUACCUUGGUCACGGAAGGUGAUGUCGCUGCUGCAAAGACAAGACGUAUGCGCUGGUUGUCGCAGAUCUGCGAAUACUGGCCCCUCCGCAAACUCGUCUCUAUUACCGAUGCCGACAUCGACGCCAUUUUGAAAGCGUACUCGUCUGGCAGGGACGCUUCACAAGAUGUUGAUGGGGUCAAUGGUGUAUCAAAGAAAGGAAAAAUUGUGCUCGCUGGCUCUGGCCCUGGACACCCGGACCUCCUCACUCGUGCCACAUACAAUGCGAUCCAGAGUGCGGAUAUCAUUCUGGCUGACAAGCUCGUCCCGGCUCCAGUCUUGGACUUGAUUCCUCGCAGAACGGAAGUUCAUAUCGCACGCAAGUUCCCCGGCAAUGCCGACCAGGCGCAGGAGGAAUUCCUGCAGAUGGGUCUUGCCGCACUGAAGAAGGGCCAGCAGGUCCUCCGACUGAAGCAGGGCGACCCAUAUCUCUAUGGCCGUGGAGCUGAAGAAUUCGAGUUUUUCCGUGGCGAAGGGCAUAUUCCUGUGGUGCUACCCGGCAUCACUAGCGCCAUGAGUGCGUCUCUAUUCGCAGAUAUCCCCGCGACUCAUCGCGGUGUCUCCGACCAGGUCCUGGUCUGCACAGGAACUGGCAGGAAAGGCGCCGCUCCAAAUCCUCCAGCCUACGUUCCCACCCAGACUGUGGUUUUCUUGAUGGCCCUCCACCGCUUGUCAGCCCUUAUCGAGUCCCUCACUGCAUACUCUACCGAGGAAUCCACACGCUCUCGAGCCCUCUGGCCGAAGGAGACUCCUUGCGCAAUCGUUGAGCGUGCAUCGUGCCCCGACCAGAGGGUUAUCCGUUCCACUCUGGAACAUGUCUGCAUGGCCUUUGAAGCUGCUGGCUCGCGGCCGCCUGGCUUGCUGGUGGUUGGUGCCAGUUGCCAUGUGCUGCACAACCCGAACGGCCAAAAGUGGGUGAUUGAGGAGGGGUUCCAUGGAUUGGAUGAAUUGCACGGAGAAGUGGAUACAGUAUUGGCGCCCCAGGAAUGA